AUGUUUAAGUUUACUGGUACUUCUAAAGAAAAGUUUUUCUACCAUAACACCUUACUAUGUUUAGUAAAAUCAUUAGAAGGAAAAAAUAUAACACUAGAUCUUAGAAAUGAUUCAACUAUUUGUGGUCUUGUUACUGCAGUAGAUGGUUACAUGAAUAUUUCUUUAUCAAAUGCUGUUUUUGUCGACCCUCAAGAAAAUGAAUAUGCCUUUGAGACUUUAUUUGUUCAAGCUCGUAAUAUUAGAUAUGUGCAUAUACCUGAGACUAUGCCUAUUAUACCAACAAUUAAUAAAGAACUGAGUAAAACUAGAAUGAAAGCUCCAGAUAAGAAACCUAUUGAAAAAUCAAGAAAAGCAAAGAAGGCACUGCAACGUCAUAUGGAAACAGUUGCUUUAUUAGAAUAA